AUGGGGACUCCGCCUCCCCCAGCUGGUGGUCCUUUGCCUCUCGGCUCUCCUAGCCGCGUGUCCUCUCCUUCACAGAAGGGAUCGUAUGUGUCUGAUGUCAAAGAAAGCCCGUUCCUGGUUUCCCCGUCGGAUCUGAUCAUUACCAAUGGAGUAGCACGAGUCUCUAUUCCGGAGGAGCUUGUUGUUGAUGCUUCCCCGUUGUGGAAGAGUUUCGUGGUGGGACGAUACAUGCCACACUUCGCAGUCUCCACCAAACCUUUCUGCCAUGCCAAUGUGGGUCGACCUCCGGAUGUGCCUGGAGUUCUGUUCUCAAGGAAAGGGUUGGAAUUUCUGUCUAGUACUGUGGGUAAGUUUGUGAAACUGCACCCAAGUACAGAACGUUGUACUCGGCUGGAUGUGGCAAGGAUAUUGGUUGAGGUCAAUUUGCAGAACACGUUAACAGAAAAGAUCAGCUUCACGGGUGUUAAUGGGGAGGAAGUGCUUGGACAUAAGGAGAAGAAUUGCAAUAACGCGGGUAAUGUUACGCUUCUUGAGAAACGUCAACCAUCGGUAUCGGCCACAGUCCAGGAAAUGGUUCAAACUCUGAUCAAAGACCUUGAGCAGGCUGCACCGUUCCAGAACGCUAUUGUCUCGAAACCAGAGAGUGUAACAGUGGGAGUACUUGAAGAUGACCAGUGGACGACUGUCUCACGACAAAAUAAAAGUUCCUCUCCUUCUUCGCGUGUAGUUUUGGAGAGCUUACCCACCAAACCAGUCUCGCCAACCGGUUUUCGGCAACAAGAUGAUAAGGAAGAGGGAGACGUUCUCGAGUCUGAAUCAGAGGAAGAGGAACCAGACACGACUACCCUUGCUUACGAUGUAUCAGGGGAAAUAGCUCCGACUGUCACCUGCAUUCCGAAACCAACAAUUGGCCGUCAUCGUACCCGCUCUCGCGGUCCAUUAAAGCCGAUAUCUCAGCGCAAGGAUACUCGUAUAAAGGGUUUCAACCUUCCUCGCAAACACAAUGUCGUUAAGAAUUGGAUUCAAGCUGUGAGACCAUCCUUUGGGUGUUUCUUAGAGACUCAUGUUCAAGAGCUCAACGCACUUUCAAUUAACACGGUAUCGUUUUGCGACUUGGGAAGCUUGUCUUUUGCUGGACCAAAGUUCACUUGGAUUAACAACCAGGAUGCCAACCCCAUUGGGAAGAAGAUUGAUCAUGCAUUAGUGAAUCCGGAUUGGCUCUCACAUUUUCCUCACUCUCAUGCUUCUUUUGAAGCAGGGGGUAUCUCGGAUCAUUCUUGGUGUCUUAUCCAUCUCUCUGCUGCAAGUACCCCUCACCGUAAGCCGUUUAAAUUUUUCAACUUCCUCACAAGCCACUCUCUCUUCCUCCCUACUGUCGCAAAUGUCUGGUCGCAGGAGCCUUGUCUCUAUCAUUCUCGGGUAGCUCUAUCUCUAUUUCACCGGGAGUUAAAAGCUCUAAAGUUCCAUAUGCGGGAGCUUAAUAGGUCGAGGUUUGGUGACUUACCUGUGAAGUGUAAGGAAGCGUACGAGGAGUUCUGUUCGUUGCAAGCAGUAGCUCUCUCCUCUCCCACGCAAGCAAACAUAAUAGCCCUCUCUGAUGCCACGGAUAGAUGGCAGCGCCUUACUUCGAUAGAGGAACAGUUUUUCAAACAAAAAUCCGGGAUCCAAUGGUUGCGUUGUGGAGAUCAGAACACUACCUCUUUUCAUCUCGUCGCACAGGCAAAUGCUAGCCGCAAUGCUAUCCGUCAGUUAACGUUGGAGUCAGGAGUAAUACUGACUAACCCGUCCGAGAUUAAAGCGGAAAAUGCGCACCAUUUUCGUGAGUUUCUGCAGCGGGAUAGCCUGGAUACGGGGGAGGUUGCACCGACCUAUCUUGGGGACCUGUUGGACUACCAGUGCCCGGAAUCUCGGUGCUCUGAUCUAAUCUCCCCAGUGACCCGCGAGGAGAUUUGGCAUGCUUUGUCCUCCCUGCCCUCCGGGAAGGCUUGCGGACCGGAUGGAUACACUAAGGAGUUCUAUAUAUCUGCAUGGAGUAUAGUGGGACAGGACUGUGUGGUCGAUGUGCAGUCCUUUGUUCUCUUUGGCCAAAAGCCGAGGGCCGUGAAUGCAACUUUGCUCUGUCUUAUCCCUAAGAAUCCGAAGGCGGAUUCAGCAACAAUGAAAGACUAUCGACCAAUUUCGUGCUGCAACAUUUUAUAUAAGGUGAUUUCUAAGAUUUUGGCCAAUCGUCUAAAGAAGAUUCUCCCAGAAUUUGUAGCACCAAAUCAGAGUGCAUUUAUCCAGGGCCGCUUACUCCUAGAAAAUGUUCUUCUCGCUACAGAACUAGUGAAGGAUUAUCACAAGGGUACUAUCUCUUCUAGAAGUGCCAUCAAGUUUGAUAUCUCCAAAGCUUUUGACACGGUGAAAUGGUCCUUCAUUAUCUCCAUCUUUCAAGCGUUGGGCUUUCCUGACUUGUUCAUUAAGUGGAUUUAUGCCUGCAUUUCUACCGCCUCUUUCUCUGUGGUUGUGAAUGGUGAGCUGGAGGGUUUCUUUGCAAGCAACAGAGGUGUGAGGCAGGGCUGCUCUCUAUCUCCUUAUAUUUUUGUCAUGCUUCCCGUAAGUUGCCUGGAUGAAGUUGAGAGAUUAUGCAGUGCUUUUCUUUGGUCGGGAAACCUGCACACUCCUACCGGGGCUAAGGUUGCUUGGUCUAAGGUUUGUACGCCCAAGCAGGAAGGCGGACUUGGCUUGAGACGACUACAGGAUGUUUCACGAGUUUUUCCUUACCACCUAAUAUGGCGGUUGUUCACCCUCUCAGGCUCUCUAUGGGUAGCUUGGGCUCGACAAAAUCUCAUGAACCAUGGUUGCUUCUGGACUGCCCAAAGUACAACUAAGGGUUCAUGGGUAUGGCGGAAACUUCUAAAACUCCGCGAUGAGGUUCGAUUGUUUAUCCGGGCUGAGGUUGGGAAUGGCGAACUCACCUCUUUGUGGUUUGACCAUUGGCUUCCGGUUGGUCGCAUUUUGGACAUUACAGGACCAGCCGGGCCGAGGAUCCUGGGAAUCCCUCUACAUGCCAAAGUCAAGGAUGCGGUGGGGAUUGGGGGUUCAUCAGCCUCAUCAAUUGGUCUCUUGGAGUGGUAUUAUUUGGUUCAGUCAAGCCAUUCCCCGCUGCGGUUUUAUUACGUGGUUAGCUAUGUUAAACCGUCUAUCUACGGGCUCAAGAAUGCGUCUUUGGGGCCAACACCAGGCCUGCGUUUUAUGCGGAGAAUUGGACGAGACGAGAGACCAUCUCUUUUUUGCUUGUCUGUACUCCUUUACACUAUGGACCUCUCUGGUGGGUAA